AUGGCGCGCAACUCCGAGAAAGCCCAAUCGAUGCUCUUCCGGUUCCGGGAGGCGCAGGCCGCCGACCUAGGCAUAAUCGACGCGGGCCGGACGCGGCGGCCCAAGAUGAUCACCGAGGUGGACUCGAUCCCGUCGUGCGAGAAGUGGCGCGGGCAGACCCUCAAGGAGAUCAGCCGCAAGGUGUCCAAGAUCCAGGACCCGGCGCUGAGCGACUACCAGAUCCGCGACCUCAACGACGAGAUCAACAAGCUGAUGCGCGAGAAGCACAUGUGGGAGGUGCAGAUCCGCAACCUGGGCGGGCCCAACUACAUGCGCGGCGGCGGCGCCAAGGUCUACGACGAGAGCGGCCGCGAGAUACCGGGGGGCGGGAAGGGGUACCGGUACUUUGGGCGCGCGCGCGAUUUACCUGGUGUGAAGGAGCUGUUUGAGGCGGCUCAGCAGCAGUCGCGGGGUCGCGACGAGAAACCCCUUGAGAGUAGGGACGAUCUGCGCAAGGCGGUCGACGCGAAGUACUACGGCUACGCGCCCGACGAGGAGGACGAGGCGCUGCUGAUAUACGAGGCCGAGAAGGAGAAGGAGGCGUUCGAGGCGCUGAUGCGGCAGGGCAAGGGCAAGGGGGGCGAGGCACCGCCGGACUGGGAGCCGUUGCCUGGUGAUGCGGGAGACGGGAGGGGCUGGGAGCUGCCGACGCUUGAGGAGGUGCAGCGGGAGCUCAUCGAUCGGAGGCGGCGGAAACUGCUCGAUCAGAUACAAUAG